AUGGCUACUUCCAAAUCAAAGUAUAGUUUGAACGAAGAAAAUGUACUGAAAUUAAUUACUUUGUAUCGCCAUCAUGAAGUACUAUGGAACGUAAAACUGAGCCAAUAUAAGAACAAAGAUGCACGGAACCAGGCAUAUAAAACGAUUUCUGAAGAAAUGAAUGAACCUAAUUUUGGACCAUCUGAUGUUCCAAUAAAAAUAAAAAAUUUACGUACGGGCUACCACCAAGAAAAAAGAAAAGUAGAGGAUUCAAAAAAGUCUGCAUCAGGUGCCAACGAUGUGUAUAAACCAAAAGUAUUUUGGUUUGAAGCACUUGAUAUAUUUUUGCAUCCGGUUGUCGAAUCAAGGAAAACUCAUUCUAAUUUGGUAAUUUUUUAA